UAAUUUAAGACUUAUUCAUUAUUAUUAUUCAUUCAUUAUUAUUGUUUCAAUCUUAAAAGAAAAGGGCACACCUUGCAUAUUUAGCAACAUUUACUAUUACGUGUUUUGUGUAUCGGAAAACUGUGUUAAGUUGAUUCAAGUCUGAGUGUUGCUCAGGUCAAUGAACGUGAUGCAUUAGUGUGAAUAUUUGCUCAGAAAUUCAAUCUAGUCUCCAUGAUCAGAUUCAUACUUUUCAGGUUGAUUGAAGAGUUUCUUUGAAGCUUUUUUUCCUUGACAGUCAUGUGAUCUGAGAAGGAGGUACCUGGCAAAGAGAUUGCAGGUAAGGAACACUUUGCAUCACACCUGUCUCAGGUGAAGCAGGCUUUGCUAGAGCUGAGUAAACCUCCUCUCAAAUUCUUUUAAAUGACCUGUCUCAGGUAGGAUAUACAACCCCGGUCUUAUUUUGGGUCUUUUCUACUUCAGCAAUCAAUUUAGAUGUUGGUGCCUAAUUUACAUUUACAGUUCUGGUGUACGAUUCAGAGUCCUGGUGAAGCUUGCUGUUUUUAAAGCUGUCCUCAGUGGAGCUAUCCCCUGUUCAGAGUCUGGCCCAGGAUAAAACCUGUUGGACGAGGAGGAUGUUCAGCCCAAGGCAGCUGAUAUCGCCUCUCCCUCCUGGAGUUUUCCGUGUUUCUGCAGCUCACUUGUACUCCGCUUUCCCUGCUCGCUUGGGCUCAUCGCACAUCUCCAGCCUCUUCUUACCCAGCCCCUUAUUCAGCUAUGAGAUUUUACAAAAUUACCUUCAGCCUGAACCCUGCAAACAGGCUCUGAUCCUGGCCACUCAGGCUGCUGGGCUGGCUGGGAUUACAGAAUACACAGAUGAAUCCCGUCCGGUGAAACAGAGACGAGCGCGAGCCAAUUACAGCAGCUGGCAACUGGAGGAGCUGGAAAAGGCUUUUGAAACAACUCACUACCCAGAUAUCUUUAUGAGAGAGGCACUGGCACUGCGACUGGACCUCAUUGAAGCGAGGGUGCAGGUUUGGUUUCAGAACCGAAGAGCCAAGAUGCGGAGACAGAUAAAACUGCAGGGGAAGGCAGUGGAGAAGUCUCCACGCAAGGACCCAGAGGGUCCUGCUGACAAGCCCAGUACCAGGACUCAGGACCUGGGCAGCUCUGACAGUGACCAUUGGGAAAGUAAGCCAGAGAAACCCAGCUACCCUUGGCCUGGAACUCAGCCUAAAGGAAAGCCAGCCCUGCUCGCUGCCCCUUUCCAGGCUGUGGUCCAGGGGCCAAGUGCACAGGAGAAGGGGCCGAGCACGGAGGAGUUUCGCUCUUGCAGUAUCGCAAAUCUGCGGGCGAAAGCAAGGGAGCACGCAGCAGGAAUCCGAAACUCUGCUGCCAAAACAUUACCUGAGCCUGAAACAGAGACUUCCUCAGCAGGAAUGGAGAGUGACUGACACAGACACACAGGCCUCUCAACUGGCACUUUUUUAUGACGUGAAAACACUUCUUCAAAUGGACUUGAUGACAAGUGUCAGCUGCAUGAAUGGAUUGAUUUCUGGGGUGGGGUACAGUUAUUAUCGUCAAACAUAGUACUUUUGACAGUUUUUUUUAAAUCUGCCUUUUAUACAUUGUGUAUUGCUUUCUUGAUAAAUAUAUAAAAUAAACAUUUGUACAGUACAUAUAUUUACCUACCCUGCAUGCAUGUUGCCUACCUGUAAAUUAAGUGUCUGUGCACUUACUUGUUAGUGCUUUCUCAAUUGUAAAUAUACUUCCCUGUGCAAAACAAAAGAACAUUUAAAUAAAACAGUAUAGCAUGAAAGGAAUACUUCUAAAUUUCUAAACAGGACUGAAGUCUGUAUUCUGGAGACUACAAUUAUGUAUUUGAUUGCUAAAGUAAACUGGAUCAUAGUUCAAUUCAUGUAUGUAUGUGCAAUCUAAUUUGCUUGAACAGCUUCAUCAGAUAUGAAUUAAACACCCAAAGAACACAAAGACACAUACUGUAAGUAUUCUGCAACAUACCUGCAAUGUUGUCGGUUUGGAGGAAAAGUAAAGUGCAAUGUCUUUGAUCAUACUGUAAGGGCGAUAAAUACCAUCUGGGGUUCCUGCGAUAUAUGAUUUGACCUUUAAAACUUAGACUCUGCAUGAAACAUCCCUUCAUUACCAGCCUUGCAUUUUAUAGCCGCCAGUUUUUGCGUGGUUUCUCUGUGAUUUAAUGUCGUCCUAAACUCUUAUUGGGAUCAGCGGAGCUCUUUUGGUUAUGACCCUUUGCAAUAUACAUAACUCCCUGAACACCCCCCGCCCCCCCCCCCCCAAACACCUAAUUCAAUUCAGCACUAGUUGCUGGUAAUUCCAUGAUUCCAUUCCAGUUGUACAUCAUAGAUUCACUGCAUACUGACAAUCAGGGGAUAUAUUGAAUAUCUGUUAGGCUUUAGAAUAGUGAGAAGUGUGUAUGAGUCCCACGCAUUCAGUGCUGUGCUAAUACUUUAUAAAUAUACUGUAGUUCAACUUCCUUAGGGCAGUUAUACUAACUACACCAAUGGAAAUUGUUAAAGUCAGUGAGUGCAAUUCACUUCAUUGUUAUAUGAUUAUGCCCCCCCUUGACUGGAGUGAAGUCUACACCUGGCCAUAGGGUUGCAAUACAAAUGAGAUAUGUGGAUUAUAAACAGCAGCUUGUUAGUUUCUGUUUUUUGUUGAAGAGCCUAUACAAGUCUGAUAUAUGAAGAUAUAAUGCUUGUGCUCAAUUAAUACAUUAAGAUUUACACUGCAGAAAUGAAAAGCAACCAGAAUCUUAAUUGAGCACCUGCACUAUACAAUGUUUUACUCCCUCAAACAGAUGGGGAGAAAAAUGAGUUCUUAGUUUGAUACAUUAAUUGUUACGACAAUUCAAUGACCAUGGGAACUGGGAGUAAGCACAUUGUGGUCUAAAAACUAUGUGUUGGCCAAUGGAUGGGGCUGCCUUUUGAAACUGGCAGUUAGAUUAGGCAGUGUUUAUGUAUGCAGUACAGAGCAGCUAUUUUUUUUUAAUGAUUAAAGUGUGUCGAUUUCCAAGCAUUUAAAGUAAAAGGGUCAUUUGUGUCCCACAGAUGCUAACUUUCUUGUUUUUUGCAAUGAGGUGCACAACCAGGGUUUAAAAUUGACUGACAGGUUGGAUCUGGUCAUCCAGUUUCCAGUGUAUUUUAAGAA